AUGCCAACUUAUCCAAUCCGUCGCCGACCGCGCGAAUGCAAGACCUGUCUACCGUGUCGAGCGAGCAAAGUCCGCUGCGAUCGCAACGUCCCGUGUGGAAACUGCACCAAGCGCAACUUCACCUGUUCUUACGGCCGUCCGUCCUCUUCAAAGGUUCCUAAUCCUGCCGCUGUCACGGCCUCGUCCACUCCUCUACAAUCGACCUUCAUCUCCCCCACAAUCCCGCACUAUGCCCACUCGGCUCCCACCCGCGAUGGUUCGUAUCCGACCGAUCAUCCCUCGAGCACGAGCGCCGAUCUGGACCUCUCGGACGUCAUCGAUCUCUCCCAGGCUGAAUGGGAUGAGAUAAACGUCAAGAUGGUGGCUAUGGAACAAACCAUUGGAAGUUUGCACUCGCUCUUCCAGUCACAUUCGGCGCGCAAGCCUCCAGAGCCGGAGCCUAUCGAACGAAAACAUUCAACGCGGUCGGAGGGUGUGUACGGCUCGAAUGUAUUGAAGACGGGCGCGGUCCAUCUGGGCUCGAGGUCGGCUUUGGUGGAUAUUCUGGAUAAAUCGAAGAGGUCAGAGGAUACAGCGCAGGCACUGCCUCAGGAGGACCUCCUUGCAGAACUUGCAUUGGGUAAUGAGUCGGCUGCAUAUCCCUUCGUGGAUCUUUGGUCGUCAGACCCGUACACAUUCAACAUAGCCGGUGUGUGCGCGGUUCUUCCAGAAGACGACCAAUGUUUGGAGCUUUUGGCGUUUUAUCAAGACAUAGGAGCGGUGUUGUAUCCUGUUCUGUCGGAUGUGCCUCGGUUAAAACGAAACACACGACAACUGCUCGAGAAUCGAAGACGAGCCGGUGGUGUCUAUAGACCUGAUGCCAAUGGGUUAGUCAAACCAUUUGGGACGGACUUGGCUUUUCUCAGUUUGCUCUUUGCGGUCAUUGCAUCGGGGAGUCAGCUUUCUGACAAGCCGGAAAACGAGCGUGAGCUGACUUCAUGGGUAUACGUUUCUUGUGCGUAUCAAUGUCUCCGGAUGUUGAAUUAUGUAUCGCAACCCAGUGUAGAAGUAAUUCAGAUCCUGCUCAUUAUUAGUAAUGUACUUUCAUACAACAUGAAUGCGGGUGCAUCCUAUACUUUACUUGGGAUGACGGAACGAAUGUGUCUAGUCCUCGGACUUCACGUUGAGACGACGGGGUUCUCACUUGCAGAGCAAGAAGUGCGAAGGCGUGUCUGGUGGGCAAUGGCCUUUCAGAACAGUCAUUUUUCGCUGGCCUAUGACCGACCAUCCAUCACAAUGGUUAGCCAGCCUGAAAUCCCAUUCGAUCCUAAAUCGAUGCCGGGGCAUCGGUCAUAUUUCGAAACUCUCUGCCGAAUCGUUUCCUCGGCAUUGGAAUUGCUGCGUUCACGCAUGUGUCCUGGAUCCACACAUUCACGGGUCCAUGAAAUCAGAGAGUACAAACAACAUAUCCAGCGCAUGCUCGUCGAAGCAACACCUCACCUCCGGUACCGCGAGAGCUGCCACACUCUCGCGGACCAUAUCGAGCGCACAGAGUUGCGCCUCCACUCCUCAUACCUUCUUUCCGUCUUGUGUCGAGUUUCCCUCGACCCACACGCCCAUCUCGACGACCACCGACGCGCAAUAAUCCGCGAAGAUUGCAUCAGCAGCUUGAUGAACACAAUCGAUGCCUUUGUCGAGCUGCACGAGAUCAACUCGCACUGCUCUCGAUCCUGGAUCAGUCUGCAGCGAACCAUUGCAUCCGCAUUCCUGCUCGUCGCCAACGAUGACGGCUCACAGACAUGGCAGCUAAUCGACAGACUCGAGGCAGUGCUCGCAGACCAUGUUUAUGAAGACGGCGACAAGGACCAAAACAAUCGCACCGACUCCGCCAAGCACGUCUCAUCCUCUCUCUGGGCUCUGCGUGAAAUCCGCGAGGCCUUCAGUGCCCGCAAGGGUGCGCCAUCAACUUCAAAUUCUGGCGAGACUUACUCGCCUCUCGAACUGCCCUCUCCUCCAUCCCUCGAGUCCAGUCCUAACGUGCCGACUUUCCUGGCCCCUACCUCUGUACCCCAGCCCAUGGAGGGAGUCAGCAUGCAGAACAUUUUGGGCCGCGUUUCAGACGUGAUGUUAUUCCCCAGUAUGAGCGGGGGUCAACCUAAAGCGUAG